GUGCUGCAGUAGAACUUCCUGUUUUGAUAUUUCGAGUACUGGACAUCCUGUGGCUAUGACUUGUGAGUGGUAGACAGCUCCUGAUGCCGAGAGUAAGUGGUAUAGGUUUGGGCCCCCUGAUGUCUUGUUUUGGAACUGCAGGGCAGGUGUGAGACUGAAAGGGAAUAACUAAAGAAGGGUUUCACAGAAGCUGCUAGUUAUAUUGUCUACCAUAAUCCUUUUUCAAUGUAUGUAUUAAUGCAGUAUAAUAUUUAACUUAGGAACCUUAUGUCCCGGUCACGUGAGUCUAUGCUCUUCAAGCCGACCAGCUGUCUAAAACUGCCGCUUUUCCUCGGUGGUGGUCUUGGACGAAGUUGACUGUAUGCAUCUUAAACAAACAAACAUCCACCCUUCAAGCCUUCAAACAGGCUCUGAAAUCAGGACGAACAUAAACAUUGACCAUGAAAGAUCAUAUUAAUUUAAAUCAGGAUGUUUUCAGUUUUCAAUGUUUGAGUUACUAGUAUAUCGAGUUAUAACUUAUAAUGAUUUAUUACUUUCACCAAAAAGGUUAUGUUUCCGGUCAUGCUAUCAAACAUGGUGGACUGGUUUCAGAUGUACACAUGUAUAUAAUGAGUGUAUCACUUGAGAAGCUCUAGACAGAUCUUAUGACAUUUGCUAUGUGGGUUGUAAUCAGGGAGAUGGUCAGGUUAAAAAUGGACAUUGUACUGGUCCUUCCUAUACAGCGCUGCAGCGAAACAUGUUCGUAUGCGUGUUUGUUUGUAAACAACACAUUACUUAAGAAGCUGUGAAGUAUGUUGAUGUAACUCAUGAUGUUUGGAAGGUGGGUUGAGUUAACUUUCAAUUUCAAUUAAGAAAAUAAGAGUUGUUUAAUAUUUGCUCCAACAAUUUGCAUGUUGUUCUCACUCUAGAACACGGACGUACUGCUUAGAACGUGUGCCAAGUUUGCAGAAGAAAAUGGCUACUGGAGGGUUUGUCUACAAUGAAGGCAUAGAAAGAAGGGUCAGGCUGCAAGCUCUGCUUAUUGAUGAAGGAACUACACUGCUGAGGAAGACAUUUGACAAGAAAGUACUCAAAGUCAACCCUCAAGGUCUCAAGGAUCUGCUUCUGAAGAAGAAAACUCAGCUCAAAAACUUGUAUGAAGAUCAGAAGAAAAUAUUGUACCCUACCGCAACAGGAGCUGUGGACAGUUCAACAGACUUUGACAUCACUCUGUUGACCAAUCUUCUUAGACAGCUUUGUGGCAUGACAGCACCAGCAAGCUGGGGCAAACCACCAAAGCCUCCAGUAGGGGACACAUCUGACGUAGCCUGGAUCAUGAGGCUACAACAGUUCCGAAAUAAGGUAUAUGGACACAUAGCUAGAACAGCUAUGUCAGAGACAGAGUUUGGUCAACAAUGGGAUGAACUGUCUAAAAUCCUGAUAGGAUUGGGAGGGGACCCGAACACAGUCUCCCAGAGAAAAACUCAGCCUAUCAGCCGUGACAAGGCACAGGUAUACCUGAAGAAAGUUGAAGAGCUCCACCGACAUUUGGUAGAGGAGACGAAGGAAAACAUCCAGGAGCACACUGAAGUACUGUCUCACAAGAUUGACAACAUGGGACAAGCCAUUCUUGACAAAAUGGAUCAUAAAGUUAAAGAUGACACAAGUUGGAUGGCAAUGAGACCCUGCAAAUUCAUAGCUGUUGCUGUUGUCAUCCUCCUUAUAUCAUGUUUGAUAGUCUACCCCUGGACUAAACAAGAAACAUCCUUCAUGGAUGCCUUCCCUCGUCAUAUGGAGACUUUUGUGGGACGAGAGGACAUUUUCAGCAACAUUGAUGCCUGUCUUGCACAGAACAAAACCUGCCUCAUCAAAGGACUUGGAGGUGUCGGGAAAACAACAGUAGCCAUCGAGUACGGACACAGACGGAGUCAGAGGUACCCUGGCGGGGUGUUCUGGGUCAACUUAGCAAGUAAAGGUGACCUGUGUGCCAGUAUCAGUCAGUAUGGCUCGUCAUUUAGUGAUAGGGCUGAUUUAAGCUGUGAGUUUGUGAAGAAGCAUCUUAAAAAGUACUUAAAAGAGUCAGAACAUUGGCUUUUGGUUGCUGAUGGGUUCAAUGGGACCAUGAAAGAACUGGACUCCCUGCUUCCUCACAAAUUGACAGUAACAAUGAAUAUUUUGCUGACAUCACAAGAGAAUCAAAUGUUAGACAGGAAACCUAUCCCAGUGGUCAAUAUUCCUCCAUUUAGCGAUAAUGAGGCUCAGGCACUGUUUAACAAAACAGUCAGGCCUUAUAGCAGUAAGGACGACAGAAAACAGCUCAAAAGUCUAAGCCGAUCCCUGGGUAACCACCCUCUUGCCUUGCAGUUAGCAUAUGCAUACAUGAGAGUCACUGAGUGCACUGUCAAGGAUUAUCAUGAUAAAUUCAUCGAAGGAAAUGCAACUGACAAGGUAAAGCUUUUAGAUAGAGCAAAAAAUGUACAAGAUGUAGAUAAAACAAUACAGGAAACUUUUGAAAUCACAUUUCAACACAUAUCACAAUUGCCUAGCUAUGCUGUUAAGCUCUUGAAUAUGACAUCAUUCAUGGGUCCGAUCUGUAUUCCUUGCCCUGAGCCAAACAAUCAAAACUUUGCAAAGCUUCUGACCACAUCUGGAACAUUAGACAGAUUAGAAGUGAGCUUUAUAGCAUGA